AUGGCUCACGGACAUGACACGCUGACGGACCUCAUACACAGGGUGAGACGUGAAGAGCUCUACGGCAACUCCUCAGAAGAGGAUGACGGCCCCCACGACGAGGCGCAGGAUGCCGAGGCGCGGGCGCAACUAGCUCGUCUGCUGGGCCUCGACGUGAGCGCUGGCCCGGACGCGGCGGAGGCGGCAGAGCAGCCGGCCGACGGAGGCGCGGAGCAGCCGCUCGCCGCGGCGCAAGAGGAGUUCGAGUUCCGCCUCUUCUCCGCCCCUUCUGCCGACGCGCCGGCGCCCAAGGUCGUGAUCUCGCCCGACGAAGAGGCGGCGGCGGCGGCAGACGGCAACGCCGGCUCGAUCGUGGCGGGCAGGCCGCUCGAGUACUACGUCGUCGGAGAGCCGACGGGGCAGCAGCGGGCCCGCUACGAGUUCGCGGCCGUGAGCGGCGACGACGUGCUGAGGGGCGCCACGCGGCGGAGCUGGGGCCUGGAGGUGCCGUGGAGGGUGAGGAGGGUGGUGCUCUCGGCGAGGCAGCUGCGCGCGCUGAGGGAGCACGGCUGGGGGCCUGCGGAGGCGGCGCUGGGGUCGCAUGGGCCCCUCGGAGGAGGGAGCGGGAGCAGCACGAUGCGAGAUUCCGACGAGCGGGAGAAGAAGAAGAAGCGGCGGCCUGGGAAGAAGCGGAGGAUAGCGCUGAGGGUCAAGGACAGGGCCGAGAAGGAGAAGGCGGCGGCGGCGGAGAAGUCCAAGAUCAGCAAGGAGGAGCACCUGCGGGAGAAGAAGAAGCGCCUCAACAGGGAGAAGAAGCUGAAGAGGAGGCAGAAGGCCAAGGAGCAGAAGCUGGCGGGCAAGGAGGCCGGCGGCGCGGGGGAUGAAGACGGGAGCUCCGACUCUGGUGGUGAGUAG